AUGACUCGGUUGUACAUCAAAUUAUUUUUAUUCAUUGUACUCGUAUUUCUAUUCACUAUCGUCUUUCUUUUCAAUCAAUUUCAAGCAUAUCCAGCAGAAGUGGACUAUUUUGAUGAUCAUCAUAUCGAUGCGGCGUUUGAUUCACGUCACCGAGCCAAACACCUCAAUAUUGUACCUCAUCCUUCAACUCGCUUAUCGCAUCUAUCGGUAUCCCUAUCUUCCGAUUCACUUUCUCAGAAGAUUCGUUCUCCGAAUCGAGGAGCUGCUAUCAGAGCGAACCGUCAUCGUAAAAAGCAGCAGCCACGUACACAGCUAGAGCAACCACUCGAGCCUGGUGAAUUUCGCUCAAGAAAGCCAAAUGUGCCACCGAGAUUAUUAACCUCAUUCGUAGACAAACGUAACGGUAACAUGGAUUACGCAUGCAUACGUGCUGGUGUCGUCAAAUACGCUUAUAGAGAAGCGCGUUACUGGUGUAAACUUGAUCUGGUUUCCGAUGGUGGUGAUAAACAAAUUCAGAUCGAGGCAUCGCUCUAUGAGCUGGCCGAGAAUCAUUCACAACUGUACGGUACAUUUAUUCUGAGUUGUUGCUGUUGUUCAUCGAAUGCACGAGUAUAUUCCCGAUCGAACACAUCAUCAAGUGAUCAACAUCAUCCAGCCGGGAAUUCCGAUUUGGAUUUGGACAAGAUUUAUGAGUGGACUUUAACUGAUGGCAUUCACGAGAGUCGCAUACCGAUCACGUAUCGCAUACCUGCACAAACUCCGAUCGGCACCUAUUCCGUAGAGUAUGCUGUUUGUGUACCGUAUCUGUUCGGUACGGUGUAUAGCAAAGAGCGUUUAGUGGAAUUACUUGAAUUGGUAGAGUAUACACCUCCAGUUGAGGAUAUUUGGUAUCACGGUCAGCUGAUCACCAUUACGGAUUGUUUGUAUAGAAACGAGACACUGAUCACAGUGAAUAACGUCAAGUCACAACCGCGCCUCGAUAACCGUUUUACAAAAUGUGUUCUCAGACCUGAGAUGGUUUUUGAGCAGGGUAUUCAUCACACGAGUCGUGUCAUACAAGAUCACUAUAAAAUGCCUUAUAUGUCACCAGAUGAUGCAAUACUACAUCAUUACAAGAAAGAUAUAGCGAAUAUAACUUCAAUCACUUCAAUCACCAGUAAUCACGCGCAACGAUUCAGUGCUCGCUUGAAUCGCACUUAUCAGCGAACACUCCAAAAAAUUGAUCAAAUCAACUGA